AUGAUCAAAUCCAUUAUUCCGAGUACUCAAAAUUACUCGAGUUCUUCUCUUUCAUCGGUCGCUGUUGCUUCUUUAUUCUCUUCCUCAUUGGCCAGAGCAACCCAAUCCUCAUCAUCAUGGAACAACUACUCCUCAUCAUCAUUCUUACAUCUUUCGAGUAGUAGUAGUAGUAGUAGUACUACACAUACACGUAAGAAUAAUUACUUUUUGGUGGAUCCAACAAGAAGUAGUAGUAAUUUGAAUGAUUUAUCCUGCAAGAAGAAAUUCAGUUACCAUAUAUCGAAAUCAUUCAAGAGUAGUGCCUCUCUUCAACAACAACAACAACAACACUCCAUGGAAGAGUAUUUUCAUUUGGGUCACAUUUUGUGUGAUCAACAUAUUAAGGCCAAUGAAGAUUCCAUAGCUCUUAAUUAUUUCACAGAACAUGGAAAAUUUCAAUACACGUAUCAACAACUCAGCGAGUGGAGUAUGAAAUUUGGAGAGUUUUUAAAGUCCUUAAAAUUGAAACGACAAGAACGAGUGGCAGUCUUUCUUCCCAAAUGCCCUGAACAAAUGAUUGCUGGUCUCGCCAUUUGGAGAAAUGCAUUCACCUAUGUUCCAUUGUUUACUGCUUUCGGACCUGAUGCUGUGAAACAUCGUGUGUUUGAUUCAGAGGCUCGUAUCAUUAUUACCGAUGAGAACAAUGUUGUGAAAUUGGAACCAAUUUGGAAUGAAUUGAGAGAACGUGGAGUUAAGGUCAUUGUGGCUGAGAGAGGUGUUACUGAAGCUCAUUCGUUUCAUCACGAAGGAGAAUAUUCACUUCCUACUUCAUUGAAUAGAGCAAAUCCUGAAGAAAUUAAAUUUUGGAAAGAUGGAAUUCUUUCUUCCAGUUUUGAUAUUACAAGACAUGACGACUCGUAUCGUGUGAAAAGCGGAGAAGGAAUGAGAGCUGAAGAUAUCAUGGUUUUGUUGUAUACUUCAGGAACUACUGGAAAGAUACCUGUGACGACCAAGAGUUUAGGGGCCUUCGAGACUUACAUGAAAUACGGUCUUCAUGUGGAAGAAGAUGACGUAUUUUUAAAUUUGGCAGAUAGCGGAUGGGCCUAUGGUUUAUACUACAAUGUUCUUGGAGUUCAAUUACUUGGAAAACCCACUUAUUUUGUUCAUCGACCUUUCAAACCAAGUACUGUUUAUGAAAUUUUACAAAAUGAAAAGAUUACCAAUUUUGCAGCCGCACCCACUGCAUAUAGAGCCAUGAAAGCAGAAGGACUCGACCUUGCUCGUCAAUAUAAAUUUUACAUUAAGAAGGCAAGCUCUGCUGGAGAACCAUUGAAUCCGGAAGUUGUGAGAUUUUUCGAAGAAAUUUGGAAUACUCGUAUUCAAAGUCAUUAUGGACAGACUGAACAUGGAAUGUUGAUCAAUAAUCAUCAUCACCCAGAAUAUGCUACUAAGAAUAUAUCUGAAACUACUACUAUUGGAACUCCAAUGCCAGGGUUUACAUUGACAUUAUUAGAUGAUGCAUUUAAGGAAAUUACUGAGCCAUAUGUCACUGGCCAUUUAGUGAUUGACAUUAAUAAUUCACCUUCAAGAUUUUUCACAGGAUAUUGGAAUCAACCAGAAAAAACAAGAGAAAAGAUGGUUCAAUCUCCAUCCUAUCCAGAUGGAAGAUAUUUCGAAAUGACAGGUGACACCGCGUAUAGAGACCAAAAUGGACACUAUUUCUUUAGUGGAAGAAGUGACGACAUUAUCACUUCAUGUGGUUAUAGAAUUGGCCCUAAAGAAGUGGAGGAUUGUCUUAUUGAGCACCCCGGUGUGCGAGAAAGUGGGGUAGUUGGAAAGCAGGACGAAUUAAGAGGAGAAAUGGUUGUUGCUUUCGUUGUGUUGAGACCUGGCUUCACUCCUAGCAAGGAAUUAGAGGCGGAAUUGUGUGAAUUUGUCAAGAAGAAACUCUCUGCUCAUCAAUAUCCAAGAGAGAUUUAUUUCGAAGAGCAAUUACCAACUACAGAGGCAGGUAAAAUCAGAAGAAAUGUUUUACGUGAGAAAGCAAAUCAAAAUGUUGCCAAGAAAUAA